UUUUGCGCUAUAUCCUGUUUUGUAGUUAAUUAACAAUGCACGCAUUAAUUGAGUUACAAAUGCCAACUGAAGCUAAUUUGCAAUUGCAUUUUUUGCCAGCAAAAAUUUUGGCAGACGAAGUAGCUGAAGUAAAGAAAUAUUUUGAGAUAUAUUCUGUUAGACAAAACGAUUUCUUGGAAAACUCUUUGCGUGGACACUUGUUGUUAGGAGAAAGUGUACAAGCUCCUAGCGGUUAUAAAAGUGUUGUAUUGCAAGAUUCUCGAGGCGCCCAUCGAAAAUUAAAAAUUAAAGGGUGUUUUCAAGACUUCACAUACUGGAACUACGAUAGAAGUCCAAAGCAGGCGAAUGUAUAUAAGCAAGCUUUACAAGCGCUGCACAUUUCAGAGGUGACUGAGCGUCUUUUUCCAACGAACGCUUCAUUGAAAUAUUACUAUACCAUUGAUGACGAGCUUAUAUCGACAACAUCUGGAAUUACGAAACUUCAGAAAAGUUUUCUUUUUUGCAUGUAUCGCAAAGAGAAGGUCGAACUAAAACGGACGCAGUCCGAAUCAAUAGGAUAAAAGCAAACAUAUAAAUAACACAAACGAGCAGGAUUAUUAUCCAUAUUCUAUACGGUUGCGGAUGAAUAUUUUAUCUCCACCAUAAAAAAUUUGUGGAUUGAGAUGUUGAAAUUAAAUACUCUGUUAUUAUUUUUUUUAGCUUUCUUAUCCAGUUGACGAAAAGGAGAUUGCUUCCAUUAUAAGCAAUAAAGGAAAGGACGAACAAACAUUCUGAGCAUGGGAA